UCACGCACUACUCCUGAGGGUCUCCGCGCUGAGUUGCAACAAGCUUGUACACAGCUUCAGUGGAAGGUACCCACCGCCAUACAAGCGCUAUCCAUCCCGCCCGCACUUGAAGGUCGCAACCUGGUAGCCUUGGCUGAGACUGGAUCAGGUAAAACUGGCGCGUAUGCUCUUCCCAUUGUUCAGAAACUCCUGGACAACCCAUAUCAUUACUUCGCCCUCGUGUUGGCACCGACUAGAGAAUUGGCUGCUCAAGUUCAAGCUCAGUUUUCCGCUUUGGGAAAAGCUGUCGGUUUGCGCGCCAUUCUUCUGGUCGGAGGGGUCCCCAUUACACAGCAGGCGGAUCAGAUGCGUCUCGCGCCCCCACAUGUUCUCAUUGCUACUCCAGGACGUUUGGUCGAUCACCUGAAGAAGACCAAGGGAUUUGAUGAAAUCAAAUUCGCUAACCUACAUUUCCUUGUGAUUGAUGAAGCGGAUCGAAUGUUGGGUUCCGACUUUGAUACAGUACUGGAGAAGAUCCUGUGCAUGUUACCACGUACACGCCAGACAUUUUUAUUCUCUGCCACUAUGACGGACAAGGUGAGCACCAUGCGGGAUCACACCAGACGUUUGGUCGAUCACCUGAAGAAGACCAAGGGAUUUGAUGAAAUCAAAUUCGCUAACCUACAUUUCCUUGUGAUUGAUGAAGCGGAUCGAAUGUUGGGUUCCGACUUUGAUACAGUACUGGAGAAGAUCCUGUGCAUGUUACCACGUACACGCCAGACAUUUUUAUUCUCUGCCACUAUGACGGACAAGGUGGGGAAGCUCCAACGUGCCUCUGUUCGUGAUCCUGUGUUUGUAUCCACACGUAAGAGCAAGUUCCAAAUGGUAGCCAAUCUGCGUCAGUUUGUACUUUUGGUCCCACAAGCGGAGCUGGAUAGCUAUUUGGUCUAUCUACUUCGUGUGGCCCUUUGUCCGGAGAUGGAAGCGCUCGGCCUAGAAGCGAUUCGGUUGGAGUCCGACGUGGCCGAAUCUGAAGAGGACAAGCCCAAAUCCGUGAUGCCAACGUCUGUCAUUGUGUUCACUAGAACACGUGCGGCAAGUAACCGUCUCAGCCUGUUACUUCGCCAGUUUAUCCGCCAGCCUGUCAUCGCUCUGAACGGUGAUAUGCCUCAGGCCCAACGACUCGGAGCGUUGUACAAAUUCAAACAAACAAACGGUGCUGUGCUUGUUGCGACGGAUGUUGCUAGCCGGGGAUUAGACAUUCCUCAGGUCGGAUUGGUUGUCAACUAUGACGUCCCAUUGGACGCGAAGACAUAUAUGCACCGUGUGGGACGUACCGCUCGUGCUGGUCGCAUGGGGUGUGCGCUCACUCUGCUUACACAAUACUCCGUGGUGUUCUUUCUGAAGGAGAUCGAAUCCCAUCUUAUUUCUGCUCUGGGCAAUCAAUCACAAAAGGUACCGUCUUUAAUCGAAACAGGCAGCGCUGCUGAUCAGGCCUUAGAGGCCGCGGUGGGUGAACUGGACGCGCAGGUCAAGGAGGCAGGGGCACAAGCGAAUCAGGCUAUGAAUGUACUUCAGAAGCGCACCAAGCAGGGAAAACAUGUGUCCGCUGGUGACCUGCGAACACCAUGCACAACCGAUCUACCCACGAAACCUGGUUUGAAGCGAACUGCGUGGGCGUCCGAAGCACCCCUGGCUAAACGGAAUGAAAUCCUAGAAGUAAUGAAAUCGGUUUCGGUUGAGCAAUCCUCCUCCGGAGAUUUGGAAACGGAGUUGGUCAGUGAAUUUCUGGCUACACAAAGCGAGUCCAAAAAAUCGAACAAGCGCAGUGGGAGAAGACCAAAGAAGGUAGUUCGGGACGCACGCCUUGCUUCAGGGGGAAAACGGACGAAAAUUAAAGUACAUAGAAAGGGACGAAAAACUUGAUUUUCUUCCCUUGUCUGCUUGUACAUAAAACCGAUUUCUUUGAAUCAAACCAGGCA